AUGACACUUCUUCUAGGAAAUCAAAACUGUUUGGAUUGUUUGCGCAAGGAUAUCACAGAUGUACAAGGGAUAAUCAUAGAUGUGUUUUCACGAGUUGGUGCAGUUCGCUAUCCAUCAUGGAAGUUUCCAGAUAAAACAUCAUGUGAUUUGGACCUUGUUACUUUGCUGAAACGUUUUGAUUAUGUAGAAGAUGACCCAGAGUAUACACAACAUUCUCAUAUUGUGUUGUUUGAAUUGGUGAUUGACAGGUAA